CAGAGCGGGGAAGGGAAGGGAAGGGGAAAGAGAGGAGUGGGAGCAAGCACCGUCCCCUUCCUUGUCUGUCUCCCGCUCCCCGUUGCUUGGUUUGGCUUGGCUUGGCUUCUCUCGCUCCUCUUAUUACGUUUCUUCCUUCUUCGUCUACUUCUACUUCUUAUUCUUCUGUGCACCCGGGCGCUUUUCGCUUUCGCGUUUCUGAGGCCCUGUCAUCACCUGACCCUCUCUCUCUCGUGCAUGAGAAAAGCCUCGCUUAUCCCUCGUGCAUCCCACCCCAUUUGCAUUCUCUUCCCCCUCUUUGCUUUGCCCCUCAUCCUUUUGCUUUAGCUUGCGGUGGGUGUGAGAGCAGGUUAUUCGCGGCGCGAGGUGGGUUGUGUCGUAGCCGUGUUGCAUUUGUGCACCGGUGCUGGGGUAAAGAACGCGAGGGCCAGGCUCGGGGGGAACGGAGUGUGUGGAAGCGUGAUUGAUUGUGGAGGAGUCUUCCUGGGGUAGUGGCUUCGGCUGAGCAUGUCGCGGACGAAUUUGUGUCAGGGUGCGGAUGGUCGAUUUAUUCUGUGAGUUUUUGCGAGAAAGUGGAGACGGCAGAGAUGUUUAGUGACGAUUUCAAACAUCGCUUUGAAGAUGCCCCAUGUGGUCUGUCCCUCUCUUUCCGUCAAAUAUUUCACAUUCAUGGAUUGAAACGAUCAUCAGCAGUAGAGACCAAGAACUUGUUGGUCGCACCCUUUUAGGACUCUUCCCGGUGGUUACCGGUUCUUUGUUAACAGGCCACAGUGUAGCAUCUGAGAGCGGAGUAUGGAGCCAAGCAGGCGGACGAUGUCGGGGGGGUACGCCAACAACCCGCCCCCAGGAAUGGGCCCUCCCAGGGGGUUAGGAUCUCAGCAAUGGUCGUUGAGCAAUCAGAUGAAUCGGGGUGGGCAAGGGGACUGGGCAAGGGGCAGUCCUCAAAGCGGGCAGCAGGGCAAUGCAGAACAAUGGAGAAUAGGUGCAGCAGGGGAGGGGAGAUCGCCCAGCGUGUCGUCGUACUCUUGGAGUGUGGCGAAUGACAGGAGUGAUGUAGCGGGACUGUCGUCGUCUCCACUGGUGGAUGGUAGCCUGGACAAUCUGGAGUCGAUGAGGGCGAUGGACGCCAACUUCUCGACGUCGUUUCCGGCAAUUUUCGAGAAAUUGAGGUUGUCGGAAUCAGAGAACCGUGUGGUUCAGUCUUUGGACGCUGCUUCGGCGCACUUGAUCACCGACCUGGACCCGGACGACACGCUGGCAUAUGGGUCGUUGGAGGAGUUGGAGUUCAACACGAUCGGGAACCUGCUUCCGGACGACGAAGAAGAGUUGUUGGCGGGGGUGGCAGAUAGCUACGACAUUCCGCAGAACAGGAGGGACGAGAAUGCGAACAUGGAGGAACUGGACGAGUUCGAUCUGUUCAGCUCUGGAGGUGGGAUGGAGCUAGAAGGCGACGCUCAGGAUGCCCUUGGUGUGUACAUGAGCAACCAUCGGUUAGGAGACGGGUCAGCGGCGGGGCUACAGUCCGGGGCUGCAGGAUCCGUUGCUGGAGAGCAUCCAUACGGGGAGCAUCCGUCACGGACGCUGUUUGUGCGGAACAUAAAUUCGAACGUGGAGGACACGGAGUUGAGGCAGCUGUUCGAGCAAUACGGAGCCAUCCGCACGUUGUACACUGCUUGCAAGCAUCGAGGGUUUGUGAUGAUCUCGUAUUAUGACAUUCGAGCAGCACGGAGCGCGAUGCGAGCGCUGCAGAACAAACCGCUGAGGCGGCGCAAGCUGGAUAUUCACUUUUCGAUCCCGAAGGAUAAUCCAUCGGACAAGGACGUGAACCAGGGGACGCUGGUGGUGUUCAAUUUGGACGCAUCGGUGUCGAACGACGAGCUACGGCUAAUAUUUGGAGUUUACGGCGAAGUGAAAGAGAUUCGGGAGACGCCGCACAAGCGGCAUCACAAGUUCAUCGAGUUCUAUGAUGUUCGGUCGGCAGAGGCGGCAUUGCGGGCUCUGAAUAGAAGCGAUAUAGCCGGCAAGCGCAUCAAGCUUGAGCCAAGUCGACCAGGUGGAGCGCGACGGAGCAGCAGCUUGCUGCAACAGCUGAAUCAGGAAGCCGGGGACGAAGACCCCCGGGCGAGGCAACAACCUCAUUCGCCGCUGAAUACGUCACCUCCGGGGCAUGGUUCCAUGUGGAAUGGCGGUGCCGAGAACGGGUCGAUGCGGGGAAUGUAUCCGUUGCUGGGGCACGGGAAUUUCCAGUCUCCGAACAAGCCCCCGAGCGUUCCGAACUUCGCGUCGCACAUGUCUCAACCGAUCAGAGUGGGCACGAUAGGGAGCCAUGUGGGGCAAGCGAACCACAUGGAAGCGGGAGGUCAGUCUCUGGGACAUGGGGGAAUGGGUGGGUAUCGGUUGCCCCCUCAUCCACACUCGCUUCCGGAGUUCAGCAAGGGUGCAAUGAAUGUCGGGCAGUUUGGAACACCUGUAUCAGGCGGGUCCGGGUCCAAUGCAGGUGUGAUGAGGGCGCGCGAGGGUCGGGACAGCAUGGACGGUGGGAGUCGUUUGCAACGGACGACGAGCGGGAUGACGAGCUUCGGCGACACAUCGGUGCUGGAGAAUGCCAGCGGAGUGCGGCCUGGUAGCGGCGGAUUGAUGUUUCCCAGCUCGAAUGGGAACGGUUCCCUGUCCGGGCAGCAGUUCAGUCUGUGGGGUACUCCGAGUUCCUCGUUUUCGCACAUGUCUCAGAGUCCGCCUCCAGCUCUGUGGUCGAACUCGUCGUCGGUGGGGCAGUCGUUUUACGGAAUGGGGCAGGCACAGCUGCAAGCACACGCGUUCAACAGCAGCUUAUUGUCGGGUCUUUCACGUCACCACGUGGGUUCAGCGCCAUCAGGGGAGCCGUCGCUUUUGGAGAGGCGUCACAGCUACAUAGGAGGGGAGUCAUUGGGGGAGUCGAGCUCGCUGUUGAGGUCGUCAUCGGGGACAGGAUUGGGAGGGAAUGCAGCCCAUGCGAUAAACAUCGGGGUGAGUCACCAGCAUGGGAUGAUGAACUCGAGCAGUUCUCUGGGAGGCAGUUCGGGGAUGGAGCACGCAUCGUCGCCAAACGUGGGGAUGAUGUCUCCUCAGGCUCGGACACGUUUUCUGCAGAACGGAGGUCCGCUGGGGCCGAGUUCAAUAGAGGGUGCGUCGGACAGGGGUCGGAGUCGGAGGGGCGAGAGCGUUGCUGCGCAAGCGGACAACAAGAAGCAGUACCAACUGGACCUGGAGCGGAUAUUGCGCGGGGAUGAUCCGAGGACCACUCUGAUGAUCAAGAACAUCCCGAACAAGUACACAUCGAAGAUGCUGUUGGCCGCAAUCGAUGAGCAUCAUCGGGGCACGUACGACUUCAUCUAUCUUCCAAUCGACUUCAAGAACAAGUGCAAUGUUGGGUAUGCGUUCAUCAACAUGAUGUCGCCGUCGCGCAUAGUUCCGUUUUACAAGGCGUUCAACGGGAAGAAGUGGGAGAAGUUCAACUCGGAGAAGGUGGCUUCACUGGCGUACGCCCGAAUCCAGGGCAAAGCUGCUCUGGUGGCUCACUUCCAGAACUCGAGCCUGAUGAACGAGGACAAGCGGUGUCGUCCAAUCCUAUUUCAUUCGGACGGGGCUCAUAUGGGAGACCAGUUAGAGUAACGCGCGGUGGGAAAAGUUUUGCGAAGUGAAAUGAGUGCAUUGUUUUCGGAAGGCGGAAACAAGAAGGCAGGCGCUGAUUAUAGUGCGUAUUGAUUUGUUGGUGAGGGGGGGGGGAUCUAGUUAUUUGAGGAUGUGAGGAUGUGAAUUGUAGAUAUCAGUAGGAUCAGGUUACUCUUCAAUCAGGAUACCACAUGGAGGAAGUGGCUCUGUAUCACUAGCAAGAUGUGUGGCGUGUGGAGUCGCGGGACGUCUACUUCGAGUAUGAGAAUUGUAGAUACAUUAGCAUCAGCUUGCUGUGGAUGUGACAACCACCAUGAUGGGUGUCGGUGGGACUUUGAUAAGGCGGGGUGAAUGUAAUAGGGGGCGUCUGAACUGAACGGUGGUGGAAGUAUUGCGGAAAAGCUGAGGUGAAAAGUUUUGUGAGUUCUUGAUGACAGGAUUCCAGGGGAAGCAGUGUCAAAUGGGGGUAUCCUUGAGUAGAUGUGGCCUCUCGGCAUGUAAAUCAAAGAUGAAAGAGUUCGUGUGGUUUUUGAGGGAGAAGUAAUAAUGCACAUGUUUUUGAAUUUCAGACUGUUAGGAGGAAGGGAAUUGGAUACUACAUCAGUAUUGUUGACAGCAUUGGAGUGUGGUUUAUUGCUGCAUUCGACCCAUUGUUUGGAGCAUUGAUUCAUUUAGAGUUGAAGAUAUUGUUACAAAUCCCUUCAAUUGCUCAUAUACAAUGGCAAAUAUUCCAGUA